CUAUGAAGAGUAGCUCCUCCCACCUGCCCAUAAAAGCCAAGUGCAUGUUACUAGCAGCUGAUCAGAGCCCUUUCUCAGCCCUCUCUCUACUGUUGGGAGCCACUGAUCUUCUCUCCUAGAAUCACACAUGCUCAAGAGGCCAGCUGGGAACCAACAAAGCUGUUCCUGCUGUUGAAACAAGUCAGACACCAGCUUGGGACCCACUUCCCAAAGGCACAAAGUCAGCGUGUCAAUCCAUCGUGCUGCCCUUUCCCGAAGUCUAAAUGUGAUGGCUGGGCCGCUUGCCCCUCUUUGGCUGCUGGGAGUGGCGGUCACCAUUUACCUGGGCUCCAUCAGAGGCGUCCAAGGUGGGGCCUACUAUGGGAUCAAGCAGCUGCCCCCGCAGAUGCCACCGUACCAGCCCUUGGGACAAGUACCUCACAUGCCUUUGGGCAAAGAUGGUCUUCCCCUGGGCAAAGAGGUGCCCCCUAUGCAAUAUGGCAAAGAGUACCCGCACAUCCCCCAGUAUAUGAAGGAGAUGCCGCCCGUGCCGAGGAUGGGCAAGGACUCUGCUGCCAAGAAAAAUAAAGAAAUCCCGCUGGCCAGCCUGAGAGGGGAACAAGGCCCGCGGGGCGAGCCUGGGCCGAGAGGGCCCCCGGGGCCCCCGGGGUUACCAGGCCAUGGGAUGCCUGGGAUCAAAGGAAAGCCUGGACUGCAAGGCUACCCCGGGAUUGGCAAGCCAGGUAUGCCCGGGAUGCCCGGGAAGCCUGGCGGCAUGGGACUGCCGGGGAUCAAGGGUGACCUCGGGCCGAAGGGCGAGGUAGGGCCCAUGGGGAUCCCGGGCCCUCAGGGCCCCCCGGGGCCUCACGGCCUCCCUGGCAUAGGAAAGCCGGGCGGUCAGGGGUUGCCGGGGCAACCGGGGCCCAAGGGGGAACCGGGCCCAAAAGGGCAGCCAGGCCUCCCGGGCCUCCAAGGCCUGAAAGGGGAGAAAGGGAUUGGCAUGCCGGGCUUACCGGGACUCAAGGGCCCUCCCGGGUUACCGGGACAGCCUGGGCCAGUGGGCCUCCCGGGGAUGGGCAAACCGGGAAUUACCGGCUUCCCGGGGCCCCAGGGGCCUCUGGGGAAACCUGGGAUUCAGGGCGAGCCCGGCCCACAGGGCCCCGUUGGGGUCCCUGGGAUCCAGGGUCCGCCCGGCGUGCCUGGGCUGGGGAAGCCGGGCCAAGAUGGAAUCCCCGGCCAACCGGGAUUCCCCGGUGGGAAGGGGGAGCAGGGCCUGCCCGGCCUGCCUGGGCCCCCCGGCAUGCCGGGGAUGGGCAAGCCAGGUUUCCCUGGGCUGAAAGGUGACCGGGGCAUGGGGGGAGUUCCUGGGGCCCUGGGGCCCAGGGGAGAGAAGGGCCCCGUGGGCGCUCCAGGCCUGGGCGGGCCUCCGGGUGAACCGGGCCCGCCGGGGAUUCCCGGUCCCAUGGGGCCUCCGGGGGUCACUGGUUUCCCGGGCCCCAAGGGAGAGGGUGGUGCUGUUGGGCUGCCGGGGCCGAUGGGCCCCAAGGGGGAGCCGGGCCUGCAGGGCUUUCCAGGGAAACCGGGCUUCUUGGGAGAGGUAGGACCCCCGGGCAUGAGAGGCCUGCCGGGCCCCACCGGGCCCAAAGGGGAAGCCGGAUACAAGGGGCUGCCAGGCCUGCCGGGGGUCCCCGGUGUGAUCGGCCCCAAGGGGCAGCCGGGACCCCCGGGGGACCAGGGACUGCAGGGACCCAUCGGCAUCCCCGGGAUCGGGGGAGCCAGCGGCCCCAUCGGACCUCCCGGCCUACCGGGGCCUAAGGGCGAACCGGGCAGGCCCGGGGCCCCAGGGUUUCCCGGGAUGGGGAAGCCCGGCCUGGCGGGACUGCACGGCCCUCCGGGCAAGCCGGGUGCUCUCGGGCCCCAAGGUCAGCCCGGUCUCCCGGGCCCGCCCGGCCCGCCUGGACCCCCGGGCCCGCCGGCCUUGGAGGGGCCUCCCACCCCGCCGGCCGUCGGCCAGUAUUUGCCAGAGGUGCAGCCGGGCCUCGAAGGGGCGAAGCCCCCUUACGCCUAUGGGGGCAAGAAGGGGAAGAACGGAGGCCAGGCCUACCAAGUGCCCGCCUUCACGGCCGAGCUGACCACGCCCUUCCCGCCCGUCGGCGCCCCCGUCAAGUUUGACAAACUGCUCUACAACGGCAGGCAGAACUACAACCCCCAGACGGGCAUCUUCACCUGCGAGGUGCCGGGGGUCUACUAUUUCGCCUACCAUGUCCACUGCAAAGGGGGCAGCGUGUGGGUCGCCUUAUUCAAGAACAACGAGCCUAUGAUGUACACCUACGACGAAUACAAGAAGGGCUUCCUGGAUCAGGCAUCAGGGAGCGCCGUGCUGCAGCUCAGGCCCGGAGACCAGGUCUAUAUCCAGAUGCCUUCAGAACAGGCCGCCGGACUCUACGCGGGCCAAUACGUCCAUUCCUCUUUUUCAGGGUAUUUAUUGUAUCCCAUGUAGAGAUGAAUACACCCUCCGGCCUCUCUCCCCCCCCGCCCCUGACCCCUAGGAGUAGAUAAAAGAACAAGUUAAACAUCACUAUGAAAGGAGCCAAACAAGUAGCCGCUUCUAAGAGUUUAUGCCGUUGAAAAGUUGUAUCGGGUGACGGUUUGGACCGUGGUGUACAAAAAUAAUAAAAGAAAAGGCAAGUUUU